AUGUCUUCCGCCGCUUACAGCCGUCUCCGCGGCAUUUUCAAGAGCAGCACCGCCACAGCAACAGUUGUACCCACCUCCAACUCCACCGCCACAGCAACAGUUGUACCCACCUCCAACUCCACCUCCACGACGACGACCACCACCACUACGACGAAAAUAGUAAAGGAAAAGAUAAAGAGGCCUAAAAAACCCCCCACCGUCCCCACAACGACCGCCCCUGCCGCCGUUACCACCAUCAUUUCGCGACCCAAGAAUGAAAACCUGGCCUUUCAGCCAUUACCCAUGUCACAGCUAACAGCUUCCUUAGGAAACCUCAGAUCCUUCAUUGAUCAAUUCAAGAGAGCCUCGAACCUGGGCCCUUUUCGUUACAGCUACAAGUACUACGACGAUGUCGUCUCCCACCUUGCACGCGCCAAACAGCAUUCCUACAUCGAAGAAAUCCUCGAACACCAAAAGAGAUACAAAACCGACAUGAGCAACGAGGCAUUCGUAGCUCGACUAAUCUCAUUGUACGGGAAAUCAAGAAUGUAUGACCACGCACGCAAGCUGUUCGACGAAAUGCCUGAACUAAAUUGUCCACGCACAGUCUUAUCCGCCAACGCCCUUCUCACAGCCUGUGUCAAUUCAAAAAAAUUAAACGAGAUGUCUGAUCUUUUCCGGGAGCUACGCGAUGAAUUCUCCAUUGAUCCUGACGAUGUAUCUUACAAUAUUGUAAUCAAAGCUUUCUGCGAGAUGGAUGCCACUGAUUCCGCAUUACUAGUUGCAGACGAAAUGGAGAAAAACGGAUUCAAGUGUAAUUUAUAUACAUACAACACCAUUCUUGACGCACUAUACGCAGAAGGUAACAUUUCAGAAGCUGAUAAACUAUGGAACGAGAUGAAAAGCAAGAAUCUUGAACCUGAUGUAAGAACUUAUAAUUCAAAGAUCCGAGGAUUGAUUAUUGAUAAAAGAAUCACAGAAGCUAUUGAGUUGCUCGAUGAGAUGAAGAACAAAGGGGUAAACCCUGAUGUUUAUACUUACAACGGUUUGAUCCAUGGAUUUGUGAAAGAAGAUGAUUUGGUAGAAGUAAAGAAAUGGUACACAAAAAUGGUGGAAAACGGGAUUGUUCCUGAUUCAGUAACAUUUAGGAUAAUUAUCCCAUUUGCAUCUAAAAAGGGUGAUUAUAAAUUCGGAUUUGAGUUGAGCAAAGAGGGUUUGCGUAUGGAGAUCAAUGUUGGUAGAUUAAGUUUGCAGGGAGUUUUGGAUGGAUUAGUGAAGGAAUCCGCCAUUGAUGAAGCAAAGGAGCUUGUGGAGCUUGUGAAGGGAAGUGAUUUCAUAUACUAUAAACUCAAGGUGUUUAAUCAUUCGAAAUUUGGAGGUUGA